UUAGCUCAAGAUCGUAGAGGGGGAGAGGAAAAAAGGAGGGGAGUGUGGUGAAUCGGUAUUUCGUCGUUUAUGGGGACGCGUUUGUAUAUAGUGCAUGUAUAUUUUUUGUAUGGCUUUUUGUCAUUUGUUACCUUUGCCAUGCGUAAGUGCAAUACGUAGAGAAAGCCCGAUUAAGAUACGUUUUGUUUAUGUAACAUUCUGUUUACGAACGGAGCAGCUUGCACAUUUAUAGCCAUAUUAAUAUAGCCAUAAAAAUCGUUACAGAGAUGCAUAUUUUUACCAAAUAAUCCGACACCGGGCUUUCCCUGGCGGGUCCUAUCCGGAGGACGCACUGUUAUCUUGACUGAGCGCAUCGAAACUAAUAAUCCAGAGAUGGCACGGCUAUUGUUUCUGAUUAUUCUCUGUGCUCUCCCAUCUCUUGUUGUGCCCAUACAUAAUUCAUCAGCUGGAGGCUGUGCCAUCAUCCGGCCUCCCAGGGAUGGGGGGAUCCGCUACAGAGGCCUGACACAAGAGCAGAUCCGCAGCGUGCAGAUCCUGCCUGUGGAUUAUGAGAUCGAGUACAUCUGCAGAGGAAACCGGGUGAUCGUGGGACCCAAGGUCAGGAAGUGCUUACCCAACGGCACGUGGACGGACAUGGCACAGCACAGCAGAUGUCUGCUGCUUUGCCCGCGGGUGUGGACUUCCCUGGAGAACGGCCGGGUAACAGCGAAGCCGCCUGGGCCGCCAGUGGAGGGGACAGUACUCCAUUACAGCUGCCACGCCGGCUUCAUCCUGGAGGGCAGAAAUGUCAGCCAUUGCACUAAACUGGGCAAGUGGGACGCGCCUAAACCCACCUGCCUCUAUGACAGAAACUACACAGGCAAGAAGAAGCUGUACAUCGGAGCGCUGUUCCCCAUGAGCGGAGGCUGGCCGGGCGGUCAGGCGUGUAUGCCCUCCGCUCAGAUGGCCCUGGACCUGGUGAACAACAGGAGCGACAUCCUGCCCGACUACGAGCUGGAGCUCAUCCACUACGACAGCAUGUGUGACCCAGGAGAAGCCACCAAGCUGUUGUAUGACCUUCUGUACACCGAGCCCAUCAAGAUCGUCCUGAUGCCCGGCUGCAGCGGCGUCUCCACGCUGGUAGCCGAAGCCGCUCGCAUGUGGAACCUCAUUGUGCUGUCCUACGGCUCCAGCUCUCCGGCUUUGUCUAACCGCCAGCGCUUCCCCACCUUCUUCCGCACGCACCCGUCGGCCACCCUUCACAACCCCACCCGGGUGCAGCUCUUCCAGAAGUGGAAGUGGACCCGCAUCGCCACCAUCCAGCAGACGACUGAAGUCUUCACCUCAACUCUGGACGAUCUGGAGCAGAGGGUGAAGGAGGCAGGCAUCGAGAUCAGCGUUCGCCAGAGUUUCCUCACCGACCCGGCUGUCGCUGUCAAGAACCUCAAGCGCCAGGAUGCAAGGAUCAUCGUGGGGCUCUUUUAUGAGACUGAAGCCAGGAAGGUGUUUUGUGAGGUGUUCAAGGAGAAGCUCUACGGGAAGAAGUAUGUGUGGUUCCUGAUAGGCUGGUACGCAGACAACUGGUUCAAGAUCAAAGACCCAGCUAUCAACUGCACAGUGGAGAACAUGACGGAGGCCGUGGAAGGACAUGUGACCACAGAGAUCGUCAUGCUGAAUCCUGAGACUGUCCGUGGCGUCUCCAACAUGACAUCGCAGGAGUUUCUCACCGCCUUGAUGUCUCGCCUGGGUGGGAUGAACCCCGAGGAGACCGGUGGGUUUCAGGAGGCCCCUCUAGCCUACGAUGCUGUGUGGGCUCUGGCCCUUGCCCUCAAUAAGACCGUGGCACCUCUGAAAGCCAAGGGCCGAAGACUGGAGGAUUUCAACUAUAACAACCACGACAUCACCUCUGAGAUCUACAGGGCCCUCAACACGAGCUCCUUUGAAGGAGUUUCGGGCCAAGUGGUGUUUGAUGCCCAGGGCUCCAGGAUGGCAAUGACUCUCAUCGAGCAGUUGCAAGGAGGCAGUUACAAGAAGAUCGGUUACUAUGAUAGCUCUCAGAAGAACCUCUCCUGGUUUGGCAACGAUGUUUGGAUAGGUGCUGGACCUCCAGCUGAUCGAACAGUGGUGAUUGAAGAGUUCAGGUUCUUGUCUCAAAAGCUGUUUGCAGCCGUGUCUGUCUUCGCUGGUCUCGGCAUCCUGCUCGGCAUCCUGUGUUUAACCUUCAACAUCUACAAUGGCAACGUCCGCUACAUCCAGAACUCUCAGCCGUACCUGAACAACAUGACAGCGGUGGGCUGCAUGAUGGCACUGGCUGCAGUGUUCCCGCUGGGGAUUGAUGGUCACCACGUUCACAGGUCGCAGUUUCCUGUUGUCUGCCAGUUCCGCCUGUGGCUCCUCGGCCUCGGCUUCAGUGUGGCGUAUGGCAGCAUGUUCACCAAGAUCUGGUGGGUUCACACCCUCUUCACAAAGAAGGAUGAAAAGAAGGAGAAGAAAAAGCAACACUUGGAGCCAUGGAAACUCUACGCAACAGUUGGAGUGCUGCUGGCUAUCGACUUCCUGUCACUCAUGAUCUGGCAGAUUGUGGAUCCUCUGCACAUUACGGUUGAGAAGUUCACUAAGGAGGCCCCAAAAGAAGAUCUGGAUGUCCUGAUUCAGCCCUUGUUGGAGCACUGCAGCUCAGAGAAGAUGAACACGUGGCUCGGUGUGGUUUAUGGCUACAAGGGUCUGCUGCUGCUGCUGGGCAUAUUUCUGGCUUACGAGACCAAGUCUGUCUCCACAGAAAAGAUCAAUGACCAUCGGGCCGUGGGGAUGGCUAUUUACAACGUUGCUGUGUUGUGCCUGAUCACGGCUCCGGUGACUAUGAUCCUGUCUUCGCAGCAGGACGCCUCCUUUGCCUUUGCCUCUUUAGCAAUCGUCUUCUCUGCCUACAUCACUCUGGUGGUGCUUUUUGUACCCAAGAUGCGGCGCCUUAUCACCCGCGGCGAGUGGCAGUCGGAGCAGCAGGACACACUGAAGACCGGCUCGUCCACCAACAACAACGACGAGGAGAAGUCCAGGCAGCUGGAGAGAGAGAACAGGGAGCUGCAAAAGAUCAUCCAGGAGAAAGAAGAGAGGGUGUCGGCGCUCCGCAACCAGCUGGCUGAGCGACAGGCUCUGCGCAACCGCCGCCGACCCUCCGCAGGCCAGAAUCAGAACCACAACGCCCCUCCGCCCUCGUCUCAGCCGGAUCCCAAGUCUCUGCUCCCCCCGCCCGGCUACCCCAACCCCACCACGGACAAUCACUCUCUGCCGCCGUCCUUCUCCAACUCCUCCAACCUCUACCCGGCCGACAGCAAGAUGAGCCGCAACCACUGUCACAACAGCCAGAUCCCGCUGCUGUAUAAAUAGGCAAGACAUCGAGGACGAGGAGGACGAGGAGGAGGAGGUGGAGGAGGAGGAGGAAGAGGAGGAGCGGCGGGCGCAGUCGCACAAUGUACACGGGUGGGGUGGGGUGGGGGACACAAGACACAAAGAGACACUGUGACUUUCACUUGUAUUGGCAAUGAGCACAGCAGUGUAGUGACACUGUUUCAAAUAAAAAAAGCAAAAAAACAAAAGAUAAAACGGCGUGGAAGCACAAAUAAGUACACAGGAGUGCUUUACACUCGGCAGCUUCGGUGAGAGUCACACAGGUAACAUCCAGCGUCCUCACAGUUCUGAUCUCACCGUGUUCGGCCCAGCAACGACUUGGCGACGAGCACAUCUCAGACUAGCAGCACUCGAUGUCCUCUCAGAGGUCACAGAUGUCCAGAUCAUUCCUCUCCCUCAUUCGUUAUCUCGUUCCGUUGUGGAGACACCGGCGUCGAGGAUCUCGAAAAGGAAGUGUUUGUGUUUGUGUCUUUGCUCUAUCGUCUCCACCUUUUGUCUCUCGAGUUUGUUGACUAGGCAAGCACAUACCGUAGUGAUUUAUAUCGUUCUGUAAUAUCUGAUCUGUUUUGUCAUGGAGUUGGUGUUGAAUUGUUUGUUUGCUUUUCGGGACAGUGAUGAAAACUGAGAUUUACAAAGGGACAAAGAAAUGUACAGUGACAGUUUUUUCCCCACGUUUCCUCUGAGGAACAGCUGAUCUCGACUGCGUGGAAUACUGCUGUCACCGAGAAAUGGUAACGUGCGUUAUUAAAUAGCCAUAACUUAAAAGGACCAAGGAGUUUGGCAUGUGUGGAUGUCUGUUGUCGGGACUUUGUAUUCGAGUACAACACUGCAUCUCAAAAAUCCAGUCCUUUGCUGAUGUAUGAAUAGCAGAUCCAUUUUAAAGGAGGAAACGAUCGAAACCUGGUCGGGUUUUCCCAUUUGAAACUUGUUUUCGUAUUUUCUGAGAUUUGUCUCAUAUCUGUUUGGCGAUAUGCUCCGCUAGUAGCCAUCAAAUAGAGCCCUCAUUUUGCAUCUGAUGUAUUUGUAUGUACACAUGUCGGUGGCUGAUUCGGACAUUUUGCGGGGAGUAACGGUUAGAGAUGUUUGAAUCCAACAUGCCAGAAGAAAAGUUUGUACUUUCUGCCCCCUGAAAAUGAAAGUCGGUUUGUAUUUCUGCAGCAGCAGUGCGGUGAGACUUGGGGUUUCCACGAUGGCUUCUUCUGUGGAUAUUCAGAGAAAGCACAGUUUUUAUUCCCCUCAAGAUUUUAUACAUGUGAAUAUGUUACAUCAUUCUUUUUAUUUUAAGAGGAUGGGGGGUUUUUUUGUUUUCAAUGUUUUCCCAUAACAGACAAUCUGGAUGGAUGAUUUUCUUUCUCAUUUUGCCUUUGGAUAAGUUGUAAAUGAAUCACAGGAGGACAUAUGUAAAGUAAUGUGACAUACUGUAUUUAUUCAGCAGUUAAUCUGGAUGUACUAUUUCAUUCAUGAGCUAUUUCCAGAUUUUAUAAAGCAAUGAUACCUGAUCAGCUUUAUUGGCAGGUAAAAACAAUACUUUGUCAAAUAUUUCUAAAUAUAUCUAUAUAUUACAGUGUGCACUUUAAAAUGAACAAACUGGUCAUCCCAAUUUAUGUUGCUAAUAUUCUAAUAAAUUUUAGCUCAGGGUAUGGGGACGGACAUGAAUGAAUGAAAUAGGCCAUAUGUAUUAACUGUACAGAACCUGGAUCAGUGUAACAUAUGAAUGCAGAAAUAAUUUAGGAAAUGUUCUACUAUCUUGCACAUAUAAGACAAUAUACGUACAUGGAUUUGGAGAUAUUUGUAUUCACUAUAUCUAAGAUCUUAAAUGUUAAUAUAUUUCAGAGUAUGUGUAUGCAAAUAUAUGGGUACCAUAAAUAAAAUAACUGUUUUUUCAUUGGG